AUUGGGUGCAUUCAGCAGACGCAAUCGCUAACUAAUCGAUUAGUAAUCGAUUUGUGAUUUACAUGCUGAAUGUCACAAUUUAUGUGGCAUUCAGCAGAAAAUCACUAAUCGAUUAGUUAGCGAUUGCGUCUGCUGAAUGCACCCAUUAUUUAAAAUUGAAACAGACAUAAUAAAAACAAAAACAAGUUUGAUAAGAUAAAAUGGAAGUAAAGCAAGAAUUUAGUGAGGAGUCGUGUAAAUUAGAAAUAGAGUAUAAUGACUUAGAUGAUGCUCUUGUGGACGGCUUUAAAUGUGAAAUUAAGGAGGAGGAGGAAUCCAAUAGACAAAGCAAAAGUACAUAUGUUUAUUUAGAUUUAAAAGAAAAUUCUACACAUACUAAAAUAUACCAAGAUAUAAAUAAACUGAACGCAUUUGAAGAAAACCAAAAAACUGAAAAAGGUUUUACUCAGCAGGAGAAUAAAAUGAAAAUAAUGGAAACAUUUUGUGAACACUCAUCCGAUAAAGAGCACUGUACGAGUCAACACGCUGAAGAAACAACUGUAAAUAAAAAUAUAAAAGUUCAGGCUAGGCAGGGACCUUACAAAUGUGAAAUUUGUUUCAAACACUUUUCUAGAGCACAUCAUUUAAAAGAACAUUUAAAAAUGCACACUGAUAAAGAACCUCGCAAGUGUGAAAUUUGUAGUAAACAGUUUACUAAUCUAAGUGAUUUAAAGCGUCAUAUGAGAGUUCACACUGGAGAAAAACCGUACAAGUGUGAAAUUUGUUUCAAGCAGUUCGGUCUAGCGAGUACUUUGAAGGUACAUUUGAGAGCGCACACUGGAGAAAAAUCUUAUAAGUGUGAAAUUUGUUUUAAGCGAUUUAGUCAAAAUGGGCAUUUGAAAAGACAUUUGAGUGUGCACACUGGAGAAAAACCCCACAAUUGUAAAAUAUGUUUCAAGCAGUUUACACAAGCGGUUAGUCUAAAAACACAUUUGAGAGUACACACUGGCGAAAAACCCCAUAAGUGUGAAAUUUGUCUUAAGCACUUUAGCUGUUCAAGUCAUUUGAAAACACAUUUGCUAGUGCACACUGGAGAAAAACCUCACAAGUGUGAAAUUUGUAGUAAGCAGUUUACUCAGCUAAGUACUUUAAAGGGUCAUAUGAGAGUUCACACUGGAGAAAAACCCCACAAGUGUGAAAUUUGUUUUAAUCAGUAUAACCAUUUGAAUAAUUUGAAAAGACAUUUGCUAGGGCACACUGGAGUAAAGCCUUACAAGUGUGAAACUUGUUUUAAGCAAUUUAGUCGAAAUGGACAUUUGAAAGUACAUUUGACAGUGCACACUGGAGAAAAUCUUUACAAGUGUGAAAUUUGUUUUAAGCAAUUUACUCAAUCAAAUGAUCUGAGAAAACAUUGGAGAGUGCACACUGGAAAAAAGCCUUACAAGUGUGAAAUUUGUUUUAAGAAGUUUACUGAAGCGGGUACUCUAAAAACACAUUUGAGAGUACACACUGGAGAAAAGCCUUACAAGUGUGAAAUAUGUUUUAAUCUGUUUAGUCGAGCAAGCAGUUUGAAAACACAUUCGAGUGUGCAUACAGAGAAAGACCCCACAAGUGUAAACUAUUGUGACGCGUGAGUUACUUUGAAUUGACGUUUCCUGAUUAUUAUUUAUGUUCUUUUAUGCACUAAUGUUUAAUUUUAGUUGACUUUACAGAUAAAUGUCAUUGUAUACCGGGUGUAACAAUGAUAGUGUGUUUUUUCCUCAAGUUUUUGAACACCUUGUAGAGUAUUCUAGCCUUAGGCUUUAUUAACAUUUUGCUUUUUGAUUCAUUCGCUUAUAUUGGAUAAAAAAAAGUUAGAUACUUUAACAACUAGAAACGUUCUUCAUCAACACAGGGUGUUUCUAAAUAAGUGCGACAAACUUUAAGGGGUAAUUCUGCAUAAAAAAAUAAUGACCGUUUGCUUGAUAAACAUAUGUCCGCAAGUGCUUCGUUUCCGAGAUACGGGAUGUUCAAUUUUUUCUUACAAACUGACGAUUAAUUUAUUCCUCUAAAACCAGUUGAGAUAUGCAAAUGAACUUUAGUAGGUUUUAAGAGGUAGUUAUUGCCCAUUUUUGACAUGAAAUUAAAAAUUUUAUAUUUGCCAUUGGCGUACAUACGGGUCAUAUUACCCGUAUGCACGCCAAUGGUGAAUAUAAAAUUCUUAGUUGUAUGCCAAAAAUGCGCAAUAACUACCUCUUAAAACCUACCAAAUUUCAUUUGCAUAUCUCAACCGGUUUUAGAGCAAUAAAUAAAUCGUCAGUUUGUAAGAAAAAAUUCAACAUCCCGUUUCUCGGAAACGAAGCAUUUGCGGACAUGUGUUUAGAAAGCAAACGGUCAUAAUUUUUUAUGCAGAAUUACCCCUUAAAGUUUGUUGCACUUAUUUAGAAACACCCUGUGUUGAUGAAGAACGUUGUUAGUUGUUAAAGUACCUAACUUCCAACUAUCCAACAUAAGCGAAUUAAUCAAAAAGCAGAAUGUUAAGAAAGCCCAAGGCUACAGUUGAGUUUUAAUUUCAACAUUUUAUUUACUCUAGAAUAUUCCACAGGAUGUUCCAAACUUUGAGGAAAAAACGCACUAUCAUUUUUACACCCGGUAUACAAUGACACUUAUCUGUUUAGCAACAAUAUUAUUACAUCGAUAUUCUUGAAGAAUAAAACUAUAAUAUUUAAAAAAUCACUAAAAUCGGACAACAAGUUUGAGAAAUACGAGACAUCAAAUAUGUCCCAUUUUUAAAGUGGUGCGUUAAUUUUGAUGCUUAGUGUACAUUAAUUGUUCCACUAACUAAAAUAUAAUAUAUUUUUAAUAUUACAAAGUUUAAUAAUUUAUUAUUAACCCGAUAUUCAACACUAUGACUGAUUUAUCUACAUGUCAAAUAGUCGCGGCCAUCGUCUACAAAAAAAAAACUCGAUACACCGUUUUACCAUACAUCGUUUUACCAUACAUACAUCGUUGACUUAAAUACCAGAAUACAAUGUUCUCGAUUAUUCAUGAAACAAACAGCCUUUUCUAUUAAUUAAAAAAUAUAGGGUUAAAAAUUAUUUACAUAUAUAAUACAGGUAAAUCGAAUUAACUAAAAUAAAAAUAUUUACAUAACAACGUUAAAAGAACUUGUUAGUAUUUUCGACAAAAACCCAUAGAUCAAACAACCUUCUAAAAUUCUUAGGUAAACAAAAAAAGAUUAUUGGAUAUAGAAAUUGAGUCAAUACUCGCAAUCUUAAAGUUUGUAUUUUUAGUAGUUGUUACAAAAUAACAAAAUCAUGGGGCUACUGAUUUCGAGGCUUGCAAUUUAUUAUUUAUUUUUAAAUUUAGUAUUAAAAAUUAAGGCUAUGGGUACAUAAUUCGCAAAUAUUUUACGGCUAUCCCUACUUUUUCUGUCUUUACACGGCAAAUCACGUGUAGUAAAAUUCUCACUGGUAUGGAAACUGCAGAUGUAAACAUUAGGUUGAUAGUGACAUUGUCAUUAGAAAGGUAGAGAUGGCUAUUUCGGUUUCGUUCAGUUUUUGAAUGUUCUUGGUUCUUGGAUAACCUUUACUUGUAUAAAUGAUAGGAUUAUUUUUUCACUAAUUAUGUAUUCAGUGGUUACCAUUAUUUUUAUAUACUAUACAAAUAGUCGAAAAAGAAAAAAGUUGUAAAGUUAUUUUAAUAAUGUAGUGUUACCAUGGAAAGCUUAGAUAAGGUUUGAACAUGUGAAGAACUGCGUUGUAUAAAUGUAGUAUUACUCAAUUAAUUUAUAAAGACUUUAUUUAUUUCUUUAUUUGCGCAAAUUAAAAUAUGGGACGUUGUUACAAGAAAUGAGGAGCUUGCGUUCAAAAGAGGCUAUAUCCAUUUGGAAAAAAUAUCCAGGAAACAAAAAAAAACUUCUUAUUGGUUGGCCUU